UGAAUUUCAGAUAAAGUUGUUAAAUGGUUUCUUGUUCAUACUUGUGGCAAAUUUGGUACUCAUUUUCUUGUCUUGGAGGGUGUACGGAGAACAAAUAUCAGAGCGAUUUUUGAAACCAGGAUUUCAACCACCUGCCUUCAAAUAAAACUGGUUCUGGAGAAAAUAGAGGACAGAGCAAUAAAUGCAGCUACCUCCAAGACAAUAGAAGAGCUGAAGAAGAGUGUGUCACUGUUGAAAUUGCCCAAGGAGCAUUCACCAAGAGUUUGAGUUGGCAAAAUCAAGAUGGCUGAUAAGAUUAAGCAAUUUUUCCAAAAGAAAAAAGUAGAUGCAAAGUUCAAGAGAGCAGGGAAGGGAUACAAACUAACCGAUGAGCAACCAAGGUCAAAUACAGUGACACCGAAGAGCAGUGUGCCGACGACAUCACGAUCUGCCCUUUCAGCGGAAGCAAGCCAAGCAGCUGCUGCUGCAAUGGCUAGACUAGGUGGGCAGAAGCAAGACAGUGCAACAGCCUUCACUUCAUUAGCUGCAAUCCAGGCACAAGUACGCAAAGAACUAGAGGCAGAAAAGAAAGCAGCAUCUGCAGCAGCAAAAGAAGAAGAAGAAGAAGUAGUUAUAGCUCAGCAGAAACUAUCAUCAGAAGUUGAAGCUUCACCGCACUUGGCGGUGAAUGGAGUGUAUUUCAAAUGUCCUCUUAUAAGUGAUGAAAUACUUUCAAAAGAAGAGUGGACCGUAAAAAUUAAAGAAUUCUUAUACUCUCAGUUAGAAGAAGAACGUGGAUUAACAUCUUGUCUUAUCAUUCACUCCUGCAACAAGAACAGGGAAAAAAUAGCUCAGUGUGUGGAGACACUUUGUAAGUAUUUAGAGAACAUAGUGCAAAAUCCAACGGAAGAUAAGUACAAAAAGAUUCGAAUGUCAAACAGAAUAUUUCAGGAACGUGUUGCACCCAUUGAAGGAAUUCAAGAUUUCCUAAUGGCAGCUGGAUUUGAAAUUAAAAAGGAAGAAUUUCAAGGUAGUGAAGAGGACUACCUUGUAUUUUCUGAACAGAAUGUUGAAAGCUUAGAAUAUUUAUCAACAUUAUGUGAUGCCCUGAGAUCUGCAGAACCAAUUUCACUGGAAUUAGAUCGUAAUUUGCAAGUGCUGCUUCCUUCACAAGCAACCCAUAGGACAGAUUUGCCACCAGUUUUUUAUACAAUGACACCAGAGGAACUGAAGAAAGAACAACAGUUAAGAGCUGAAACAAUCGAAAAGAGCAUGAUGCUCAGAACAAAAGCUAUGAGAGAGAAAGACGAACUCAGAGAAAUGAAGAAAUACAGAUAUGCCUUAAUCAGGGUUCGCUUUCCAGAUGGAAUACUCUUGCAGGGGACAUUCCAUGUCUACGAAAAAUUUGACGCAGUUCUUAACUUUGUUACUGAGAAUUUGGUUCAAGAUGACCAACCAUUUAUUCUCAUAAUGGCAAAUGGUUGUCGUUUGAGCCAUGAGGAAGCAAAUCAGACGUUAGUUGAUCUGCGCCUUGUACCAGCUUCAGUUCUUAUAUUUUCUUGGGACACACAGGAAACAGAAGAAAAAUCAGUUGACCAACAAGCAAUGUAUCUCAAACCUGAAGUCAUGCUACUUGUACAAGCUGUGUAAUGAUGGUUAUGCUUCACAAAUUUUUGUGAAUCUGUUAAGUUUCAUCCUUUGGUUGUGCAUUGCUGCAUUAUUGCUGUCUCUUGUAUAAAUAUUUAUUAUUUAUUGCACUGAUGGACUGUAUAUCUGAAUAACUGUGUAUAUAAAUUUAUAAACAAAAUACGAUAAUUCUGUUAACAGCCUUCACCGAUUACAAGAAAUGGUAUUUGCACUAGUGGUAACUUUUGCUUUCUUCUUGGAAAGGAAAACUUCAAGCUGUUCAGCUGCAGAGGGAUGGCUGAUAUUAAAGGUUGAGAAUGAUCUGCAGUUAAGGCCUUCCUGAAGCAGGAAAUGUUGAGUGUCUCGAACCUUGCGACCAAGUAAACGCUGUUGAAGCUCUUGGGCACUUAAUUGUAUGAUGUUACUAAUUUGGUUGGGUAGUAAAACAAAACAAACAGCAAGGAGGUAACUAAAGUGACAUUUUUAUGGUGAAUUGGGGCUGUUAAUCAACACCACACAAGACUGUUGUUGCAUUCCAUACUGUUUUGUAAAGGAAUCUUAGAGCACAUGCCAUAUUAAAGCCAGUGUUUUGAUUUCAUAUACUAUGUACACAGAGUGUAACGUUGAAUUAUACAUAAAUUUUGUAAGCUGUC